CUUGAAGCCUUUGUCGCCUCAAAUCUAGCCACAUCAUGGCUUCUGAUUCUUCAUCUGGUCUUGAUUCUGCCGCUCAGGAAGCUUUGAAACUCCAAACAUUCCAGGGCAAAUUCGACGUCAAAGAAUUCAUAGGACAAUUUUCAGAGAAACUGAUCACUCAGUCCAAAGAAGAGGCAGGUCCCUUCGAUCCGAAGCCAUUCAUUCGGACGUUCGAGGCCUCCGUUGAUCAACUUAUCUCCUUGCGAAAAGACGUGCAGGCUAAGACGGAACAGAUGGAGAAGAGCGUCCGAGUAGCUGAGCGUGAGUACUCGAAGAAAAUGGCGGAUCUGAACAGGGGUUUUGAGGCUGUAGGGACAUCGUUUGGCGGAAUGGAAACGAAGAUGAGUGAGGUUGGACGGACAGCUAUCCGGAUAGGUGAACAGUUGGAAUCCGUUCAUCUUCAGCGCCAGAGAGCGCAAGCUGCGUAUGAUCUAAUAGAUUACUACAACCAGUUCUCCAAGGAUGAUACAACACGACUAGACGCUCUGAAGAAGGAAGGAAAGGAGGGUCGACGACAGGUCGCUGUGUUGUUACGCCGUCUGAGCACUGUCGCUAAAGAAGUUGACCUCCCGACCGCAGAGAAGACCAAGGAGAAUAUUGAUAAGUAUUGCGAGAAGUUUGAGAAAGACAUGCUUCACCUAUUCGACCGGUGUUAUCGCAAGGGCGACCCAAAGAUGAUGCAUCAUUGCGCUCAAACCCUGCUCGACUUCAACGGUGGCGCGUCUUGCGUCCAGGUCUACGUCAACCAGCAUGACUUCUUCAUUAACCGAGUCCCGGAGGAGACAGAGCAGGAGGAUAAAACAUUGUGGGACUCGCUACCAGAUCCGGACCAGAUACCACCAAAGAACGAGUCCAGUUUGAAGGAACUCCUUGGCGAGAUCCGCGCCACGGUCGGGCAAGAGGCCCAGAUCGUGCAAGCUGUAUUCCCAAAUCCGCCAUUCGUUAUGCAGGUCUUCCUUCAGCGCGUCUUUGCACAAUCUAUCCAAGAGCGCUUGGAAAAGCUGCUGACCCGCGCAUCCGGAAUUUCUGACCUCGCUUUCCUCAGGGUCCUACAACUGGUCCACAUCCAGACAUCUCUUCUCGUCGAGGACCUGAAAGCGUACGAAGUGCCUGCCAUUAGUUCGCGGAGUAGCUCAGAGUUCUCGAGGUCACUGAGUGGCGCACCGACGGCAGGAGCUCCCUCCGCGACGGCGUCCAUUAGCACAAUCUUGGAGACAGCGAUGGAAGAACUGUUCAUACCAUAUACCGAAGGGCAGAGGUACCUCGAGAGGGAGAGUAAAUGUCUUGGACAGCUCUACUCUAACUAUCUCGCCACAUUCACCAAAUUUCAUGAGAAAUCACAUACAGUGAAAGCAUCGAUGUUUGACCGUAUGAUGAACCAACUCAACUCGACGGCAGCGGGGUCCUCUGGACCUUCGUCAACUGCUGCAGCUGCGUUCAUGCGGUUCGGUGGUAUCACAGGAGGAGAUAAGAAUGUUGAGAAACCUGCUGAGGAACAGCUAAGAGAGGAAGAUGGACUUUUGAGUGUUGACUCGGCAGAAAUCAUGUUGAAGUGGCAUGCAGAGGCUAUCGGCAGAUGCGUUGAAUUAAGUCCGUCGAACGACGUACCCAAGAAUGCAUACGCCCUAUUCCGAGUACUAUCGGAAGCCAUUGCAGAAGGUUAUAUGGAGACUGCUCUCGAAACUGCACAAUAUCGUGUCGAUGCCGUGGAUCAUACCAAGAACGAGCCCAACUUCCAAUCACUUACUGUACUACGCUCCGUGGAUCUCAUCUGUCAUCUCUGGCAGCAGUACGUCAACAUCGCCCUCCUCCCGCUCGCCGCAAGUUCCGUGACUAUCCGACGCGAGAUGGUCGUAUUCAACAAUCAGGCUGUCAGCAAGAUCGAGGGAACAGCAAACAGCUUGAUGUCAAGGCUGACGGAUGCUGUGCUCUCGUGGAUCUCAACUCAACUCGCAAAGCAGAAGAAGACAGACUUCAAACCUCGUAAUGAUGACCUGUCGUUCGCGAGGGUGAAUACAGAACCAUGUAUGGCGUGUUGCGACAUUCUCGAGAAGGCUCGAGACGCGGCAAAGAAGAACUUGAGUGGCAAGAAUCUCGAGGUUUUCCUUACUGAGAUCGGCGUCUCGUUUCAUGGGUUGCUUUUGGACCAUCUCAGGAAAUUCCCCGUGAGCGCAACGGGAGGACUGAUGCUAGCAAAGGACCUCAAAUCAUAUCAAGAUACCAUCGCUACCUUUGCCAUUCCUGCACUCCACGAACGCUUCGAAUUCAUCCGCCAACUCGGCAACAUCUUCCUCGUCCGACCCGAAAUUCUCAAGUCCUACAUCACAGAGAACUACCUCGGCCGGAUCGACUCAGCCCUCCUGCGUCCAUAUCUCGCACAACGGUCCGAUUGGGGUCAAUUCGCCCAGGGUUUCGACGGACCAGGAGAAUUAGUCCCUGCCGAUGGCGCUGGCGCUGACGGUGUCAAUGACAGGUUCGGGAUGGGGAGGUUGAGUAUGAUGAUGAAGGAUCUCGAAGGGCUGAGGCUGGGGAAUAUGGGAGAGGGCAUGCAGAUGCAUAUGCCGACUGGGAUGGGGAUGAAUAUGCCGAGUUUGCCGAGUGGGUUUUCAAUCUCGACGAGGGCGUUUGGGAGGAGCGACACGCCGGUUUCGUGA